GAUUUCAUCUGCUGCUUGUACGGCAAGCCGUCUAUGUACGGUGUCGUAACGAUGCCCUACUCUGUCCGAGAAGGCAUCAAUAUUUUCUUGGAUGGUUUCAUUCCAACGGAGAACUUGCGGUUCCGGGAGGAAUCUCUGUCAUUUAAAAUGGUGGAGACUGCAGAGGAAGUCUUGAUCGACAAGACUCGGCACUAUUCGUACCCGAGUAUGACGAAGACGCUCGGCGACUUUAAGCUGACCGUCCAAGAAGGCUCGUUUACGGACUCGGAGAUCAUCGUCAUGUUAGGUGAGAACGGGACAGGCAAGACGACGUUUGUGCGUCUGCUCGCUGGCGACACGCCCGAUGUGGAGACGGACAAGCAGAAUCUAUCGGUGUCACUGAAACCGCAGACGAUCUCUCCAAAGUUCCCCGGCAGCGUGCGAAUGCUACUACUCAAGCGGAUCAAGCAGUCGUUCAUGCACGCACAGUUCCAGACGGACGUCAUCAAGCCGAUGAAGUUGGAGGCAAUCAUGGACCAGGAUGUCAAAACUCUUUCUGGAGGAGAGCUGCAGCGUGUAGCCAUUGUGCUCGCCCUUGGCAUGACAAACGUGUCGGUUUAUCUUCUUGAUGAGCCCAGCUCGUUCUUGGACUCUGAGCAGCGUAUCAUUGCAUCCAAAGUCAUCAAGCGGUUCAUUCUCCACGCUAAGAAGACCGCUUUCGUCAUUGAGCACGAUUUCAUCAUGGCAACUUAUCUUGCUGACCGUGUCAUCGUGUUUGAGGGUCAGCCCUCCAUUUCUGCAACCGCAACGCCACCACAAUCGUUGGUGACUGGCAUGAACAAAUUCCUUGCGUCCCUUGAGAUUACCUUCCGCCGCGACCCUACGAACUACCGUCCUCGCGUGAACAAGCGGCACAGUGUCAAAGACAGGGAACAGAAGGCCUCGGGCAACUACUUCUUCCUCGAGGAUUAAAAACGCUCAAGGAAUACUUGAGCAUGUCUACUGAACACUAUUGGUCCGCCCACGUUGUGUUUAGGGCAGGACGUAAUUCUUACAAGCAGCAGUUAAUCACACUGGGGAAAGGGGGUCAGGCAUCACUGCAGUCCGAAGAAUGGUGCUGGCUGUUUUGAGAAUUGCCAGAUAAAUGCACUGUAAGGAUGUAAUGAAUCACAGGCACGAUGACAGGCAACUGUAUUCUUUAAUCUGUAGCAGUAUGGAUGCUUUCAUUUCCAUCGUUUAUCUAUUGCCCAUCCGUGCAG